AUGAUUGAACAUGACAUUCUUUUGGGAAAACUGGGAUAUUAUGGUAUUUGUGGCAAUGAAUUAGAAUUGUUUGCUUCUUAUUUGCGAAAUAGGAAACAAUUUGUUCAGGUACAGGACUGCAAGAGUGAACUGGCUUCAGUGGAUUAUGGAGUGCCUCAAGGUAGUGUAUUAGGCCCCCUACUGUUUUUGACAUACAUAAAUGACCUGAAUAAAUUACAAUUGACCGAAAUCAUAAAUUUUUGGCCAGGCAGGCAGACAACUCAGCACAUUCCAAAGAAAACAAAAGUUUUCCCCCCAAAAUACAAGGCAGAAGUGACAAAAAUAGCCGCACAAAAGCACCACCUUAGCCAACAAAUAAAUCAAACAAAAACCACAAUGCGACUUAGAUUUCAUAAUCCAAGCAGCAGAAAUUCUCAAUACAGAAUGUCGCCUUCAUCGUCGUUGAAUUUUUCGAGCUUUUUCAUUGUCUCCCUCACCAUUGGUGUAUUGGUUUUAAGUCCUCAUUUCACACAAGCCGCCAGAAGAUCACGUCUAGAUUUAACCUCCUCAGCUGCAGCCACCUCGUCGAGUAGUACGAAUAAUGCCUCCGAGGCUUCCAGCCCCACCAAUGUCAACCCCGAGAAUAGCUCACAGGCCAAAGCGACUUUGGAUGAUGCUGUGGCCUCAUCGUUGCCUUUAAAAAGCGAUCAAUCAUCGUCAACGGCCCAAACAAAUGAUCUAUCAAAAAGCAAGGAGUUCUCAGCCUCAGGCCUUAAUAGUGCUGCCAACUCCAAAGAUGAUACGCAAUUGUCAACAUUCAAAGAUUCUGGAGCUGAUGUAGCAGCUGCAACUGAUGCAGACAGUGAAGUGGCCGCUGCCAAAGAGCAAUUGUCUACCAACGAGGAGAAACAAUUGAGUGAGGAUUCACCCAAAGAGUUGAAGGAAACACCAUCGGCCAAUUUUGAAGAUGUUGAAGUGGUGGAGAGUGCCACACAAUUGGGUGCUUUUGGUGCGCCAGCUGGAGGCAAUGGAGGUUUUGAGGAAUGCGAUUCAGAUAUGUUGGGAUUUGAGAUUGUAACGGGUUAUGUCUUCUCGGCACCUGGCAAACUACUGGAUUCAUUGCCUGGCACUUUAAUGUUAACGGAUUGUUUGGAAGCCUGCCAAGGAAAUGAAACUUGUCAUGCUGUUAAUUACGAAACUGGUCUAUGUGUGUUAUUCUCGGCCAAUGCUGAUCAAUUGCCAGGUGCCUUGACAAAAUCUCAAUUCCCAGUGUUUACCAUUUAUGCCCAGAAGUCAUGCCUGGGUGUACGUCCAUGUGCACGUGCUUGGUGUGUCGAUCGUGUGCAAAACUAUAAACUCAAUGGACACGCCAAACGUUCGGUGUCAGUGACAUCAAGACGUGAUUGUUUCGAAUUAUGUUUGGGUGAAGCUGAAUUUACAUGCCGAUCGGCAAAUUAUUAUCGUGCUACAAAUAUUUGUGAAUUGUCUGAAAUGGAUCGCAUUACGUUGGCAGGCACAAGUGCAUUCCAAAGCCAAGAUGGCAUCGAUUAUCUGGAGAACAAUUGCGCCGAAGAACCAAAUAAAUUAUGCGAGUUCAAGCGUUUGUCGGGCAGAAUAUUGAAAACGGUCGAUUCAGUAUAUCAGGAUGUUGGCAGCAUUGAUGAGUGCCGUGAUUUGUGUAUAAACUCACCAUAUAGAUGCCAUUCCUAUGAUUUUGGCGAUACCGGGGAUAUGGUCUGCCGUUUAUCUCAUCACAGCCGUGCCACUUUGUCGGAUGUUCAAGAUCCCUACCUAGAAGUACCCGAGGCAGCCACCUAUGAAUUAUCCUCCUGCUACAAUGUCACCAUUGAAUGUGGAGCCGGUGACAUGGUUGCUCGCAUACGCACCUCCAAACUGUUCGAUGGCAAAGUCUAUGCUAAGGGAUCACCCAAGUCAUGCUCGGUGGAUGUCAAGAACUCCUUGGAAUUUGAAUUGAAAAUGGGCUAUCAAGAUUUGGAAUGUAAUGUGCGUCAACAGGGCUCCGGUAGAUAUAUGAAUGAUGUGGUCAUACAACAUCACGAUACCAUUGUAACCUCCUCGGAUUUGGGUUUGGCUGUCACCUGUCAAUAUGAUUUGACCAAUAAAUCGGUAUCGAAUGAAGUUGAUUUGGGUGUUAAGGGUGACAUUGAGCCAGCACUGUCCGAAGAGGUCAUUGUCGACUCACCCAAUGUAAUAAUGAAGAUUACUUCACGCGAUGGUUCCGAUAUUAUGCGUUCCGCUGAGGUUGGUGAUCCUUUGGCUUUGAAAUUCGAAAUUAUGGAUGAAUCAAGUCCCUAUGAGAUCUUUGUACGUGAACUGGUGGCCAUGGAUGGUGGUGAUAAUGCUGAAAUUACGUUGAUCGAUUCGAAUGGUUGUCCCACCGAUCAUUUCAUUAUGGGUGCCAUCUACAAGAGCAGUUUAUCGGGCAAGAUCUUGUUGUCACACUUUGAUGCCUUCAAAUUCCCAUCAUCGGAGGUGGUGCAAUUCAGAGCUUUGGUUACCCCAUGCAUGCCAACCUGUGAACCGGUGCAAUGUGACCAAGAGGAUAUAAGUGGAGAAUUUAAAUCUCUGCUGUCGUAUGGUCGCAAGCGUAGAUCAGUGAAUAUGACAGCUUCGUUUGGUGGUAAUCAUCUGAGACAACGUCGUGAGACUACCAAGAAACCUAGUCAAGAAGAUUUGCUUUUGGUGCAAUCAAUUCAGAUCACUGACAAAUUUGGCUUCGAUAAACAACAACAAUCGAAAUCUAACAACAACAACCACAUGGGCUACGAUGCCAAUGAGACGGUCUUCAUUGCCAGUGAUGCAACAUCUCAAGGAUUCUGUGUUAAUGCCAUUGGUUUGAUUGUGGCCGGUACCGUUUUCCUGUUGGCCCAAUUGGCCGUUAUAGCCAUUUGGACCUACUUAUACCAGAGACGCCGAAAAUUACAGCCCUACAGCAAUGAAGGCAUGAGCAAUGCAUCCAGCUAUGGAUCCCACAGUGCAUCCUCCAGUGGUUCCACUAUUGUGGGCAAUGUACCUAAUGCGCGAUCAGAGUCAUUGUGUAAAUUAUACGAAGGAGGAUUUGGUGCAAGGCAUGGACGUCAAUUUUAAGAAGGCCAGGCAAGAAAGGGAAAAAUUUGACCAAGGCAAUGGUCAAUGACAAGAAAAAUAGUAUUUCAAAAUUAUAGGGAACCAAUAGAGGAAUAACAUCACAGGGAAAGACGGAAAAAUAAUCAAAACCCCAACGCAAUGCCAUUUACAAAAGCAGUCUUUCACAAACUAAAAAUGAUUGAAAAAGCAUGUCAUACGUUUUUUUUAUAGGAAAAAAGAAAUCGCAAGGAAACAAAAGACGUAAAACAAAAUACACGAAUACUUAAUGGUGCCGGAAUAAGUAAAAAAUCUGAGGGCAAUAUUUAUUUCUAUUUUUAUUAUAUUUUAGUAUUUUUGUUAGAUGUAAGCUUUUUCGAUGCUCUAUAAAGGGAGUGGCAUUGGAAGGGAUAUUUAAAAAAAAAAAGCAAAAAGCAAUAUUUUUCCCUUUCAAUGCAACAUCUUUUAUAUUUUCCCAAAUUUAAGUAAUUUUUUACUAAGUUUAAAGGCAAUUUUAAAAACUUGCUUUAAAGAAAAAUUUAAUUUAAAAAU